GUAAAAUCACAGUAAGCUACCACCCCAUCCCAACAUGCUACGUCGCACGCAAGCCCAGCUCUGGAAGCCGUCUUCGUUGCUACCCUGGUUGAGGCACUACACGGGUAGCGGUAACGCGAGUGCGUUCGGGCUGACUGCCGAUCAAAAGAAGUUUUACGACACCAACGGGUUCCUCCACAUUCGCGGUGCGUUGUCCGACGACGUUUGUGAUGCGCUGCGCUUCCGUUCGCUCCACCACCUGGCGCAAUUCGACCCGAAUGCGUACCAAAAGUCCAUCUUCAGCUCAACGCAUCAGACGCGCUUCAGCGACUCGUACUUUCUCGAAUCGGGCCAUCAAAUCCGGUACUUCUUUGAAGAGAAAGCGUUCGACGACGAGGGCAACCUCAUCGUCCCCAUCAACAAAGCGAUCAACAAGAUUGGUCACAAUCUCCAUUCCCUGGACCCCGCUUUCCGCGCCGUGAGCUUCUCUCCACAAGUCACGGGGAUUCUCAAGUCUCUCGGGUACAUCAACCCCGUGUUGCCGCAAUCGAUGUACAUCUUCAAGCAGCCUUCCAUUGGCGGCGAGGUGUUGCCCCAUCAAGACGGCACGUACUUGUACACGGAGCCGCAGAGCGUCAUCGGAUUCUGGUGGGCAUUGGAAGACUGCACCCCGUUGAACGGAUGCUUGUAUGGAGUGCCGGGGUCGCACAAAACAACUCCGAUCCAGCAGCGAUUUCUGCGCACGACGCCGUACGACGGGCGCAACUUGACUCCUGUCAACGCCGACAAGGACCAGCCUCUCCUGACCACGUCCGGCCAUGCCACGUUUGACAUAUCGAAUGGAAAACCGAUCCUGACCAAGAAAGGGGACCUCGUACUGCUCCACCAUGCAUUUGUGCACUACUCGCACGCCAACAAGUCGCUCACGUCCCGUCAUGCGUACGCGAUCCAUGCCGUCGAGUCGCACGAGACCAAGUACCCCUCGACGAAUUGGCUCCAGUUUCCCCAUGGCACGUCGUUCCCACCGAUCUACGAUGCAAGCGACGAGUAAAUCCAUGGCGACUUUGGUCCUUUCAGCACGGACGCCAGCACACUGCUCGGCUCGCAGUCGCUGGUUUGGGCUCUCCGGCGUGUUGUCGACACUUUGUCGUGAGCGACAGGAGCAUGCAAAAACGAAUGGUAUCCAAAUUGUGUUGACUG